UUGGGCACAUUGGCAUAGGCAUCGCAAUCGCAACACAACUCACAAGCCCAAAAAUGGCAGACGCCGGCGAAAAAUUAAGCAAAAAGUGACGAUGGCCUUGAGAGCACUUUGCCAGACACUAGGACGGCACAGUUCCUUGGUACUGCCAAUGGUUCCUUCUGCUAGCACAUGUCACAUAUGUAAACCCAGGACAUUGGCGGCUUCUGCCCGUGCGAGUGAGCUGAAGCGAAGGCUAAAGGCAGAGCAGAAGGCAAAGGAGAAAGCAGAGAAGGCUGAGGCCCUGAAAGCUGCUGCCUCAACUGCCAACAAUGUUGCAUCUGAUGAUAAAGAUGAGGAGACGAUGGAUCCCAAUGAGUUCUUCCGAAUCCGGUCAGCAAUGGUGGCGCAGUUGCGCGAGGCUGGUGAAGAUCCAUACCCUCACAAGUUUAGUGUGUCCAUCUCCCUGGUCGAGUUUGUUGAGCGCUACAGUGGCCUGCAGGCAGGUCAGGUGCUGACAGAGGAGCGGCUCUCAGUGGCAGGCCGGGUGCACGCAAAGCGCCAAUCUGGCACCAAGCUCAUAUUCUACGACCUGCGUGGCGAGGGCACGAAGAUCCAAGUCAUGGCCAAUGCUUCGUAUUAUAGUUCAGAAGAAGCAUUUGCCAAAGUCAAUGCCAAACUCAGGAGAGGUGACAUCCUUGGUUGUGUUGGCCACCCAGGUAAGACAAAGAAAGGUGAACUGAGUAUUGUACCAGUGGAGAUGGUACUUCUUGCUCCUUGCUUACACAUGCUGCCCCACCUACACUUUGGGCUCAAGGACAAGGAAACCCGAUUUCGGCAACGAUAUCUGGACCUCAUUCUUAAUGAGAGCACUCGGCAAAAAUUCAUCACACGUUCCAAAGUGGUCAACUACAUACGCAAGUUUUUUGACAGCAUGGGCUUUCUUGAGGUUGAGACACCUAUGAUGAACAUGAUUGCGGGGGGUGCCACGGCCAAGCCUUUUAUUACACACCACAAUGAGCUGAACAUGGACCUGUACAUGCGUGUGGCUCCAGAACUCUAUCUCAAGAUGCUGGUUGUUGGUGGUCUAGAUCGUGUGUAUGAGAUAGGCCGGCAAUUCCGCAAUGAGGGGAUCGAUCUAACACACAACCCUGAGUUCACCACGUGCGAGUUCUACAUGGCAUACGCAGAUUAUAAUGACCUCAUGACAAUUACAGAAUCCCUCGUGUCAGGCAUGGUGAAGUUUUUGACUGGCUCAUACAAGAUCACCUACCACCCGGAAGGAGCCGAUGGGCCUGCCCUGGAGAUUGACUUUACACCUCCCUUCCGAAGGGUUCGCAUGCUUCCAGGCCUGGAGAAAGCUUUAGGCACCAAACUUCCUGAUCCAGAAAAGAUAGCUACACCUGAGUCCGUGGCCCUGUUGUCUGACUUGUGUGUCAAACACGAAGUGGAGUGUCCACCACCCAGGACAGCAGCUCGGCUUCUGGAUAAGCUAGUUGGCCACUUCCUGGAGGAGCAGUUUGUCAAUCCUACUUUCCUCUGUGAUCACCCAGAGAUCAUGAGCCCCCUGUCAAAAUGGCAUCGCAGCAUCCGUGGCCUGACGGAGCGUUUUGAGCUGUUUAUUGCGCGCAAAGAAGUGGUUAAUGCGUAUACAGAGUUGAAUGACCCAUUGGUUCAGAGGCAACGUUUUGAGCAACAAGCCAAGGAUAAAGCAGCUGGAGAUGACGAAGCCCAGUUGGUGGACGAGAACUUCUGCACUGCCUUGGAGCAUGGGCUGCCACCCACUGGGGGUUGGGGCAUGGGCAUCGACCGAAUGGUCAUGUUCCUCACUGAUUCAAACAACAUCAAGGCAUUGCUGCUGUUUCCAGCUAUGAAGCCAGAUGACCCUCACAAGCACCGUCAUGAGGAAGGGGCUGAAGCUGCCAGUACAACUGGAAAAUAGACCCAGCCGAACCUGUCAUACUGCUGCUGAUGAAGAGUUUUGUACAACAGCUGCUUUUCACAUGUACAAGGUCUCGCCGCUCAAGUUUUACCCCCUGUAUACAUGAAUGGGACUUGACUCGAAGCUCACCCUCAACUUUGCUGAGUAGAGAACAGCUCCCCACAUCGACUGAAAUAGACAUCGUUCUUGAAUAAUGCUCCUUGGUAGUUCCUACAACAAGUCAUUCAGAAGCACCAUUCCACUCUGACGCAUUUGAGUAGAUGCUGAUUGUGCCUAAUUACGAUAGCUUGAGAAUUGCCUGGGAGUGUUAUCAUGGUGCAGUGUCCAUUUCAGUAGAGGGUUGGCGCUGCCCUGUACUUUGUGGAGUUGAGAUGAAGUGCUGAACAGAGGGGAGCGUUCUGGAAUGCGAGGAUGAAGUUGGCUUACAUGUUUUCAGUGGAGUAUGAAAAUAUAACUUAUCUGAGAACUG